CUUUAUUGUUGUUGAUGUUGCUGUUGUUAAUAUCAUUAUAGUUGACGACAACAUGGGCUACUCCAGCUGGGUCCGCAAUACCAACGCGGCCGUCGCCAAGACUGCCAUGGGCAAAUACUUCAGACUGGAGGGCAGCGGCCACGCCAAAGAACGCAAGGGGACCUACUUCUUCACCGAAAUCCGAGCGGGCCUCGCCACUUUCUUCGCCAUGGCCUACAUCAUCAGUGUCAACUCCAACAUCCUCUCGCAGUCGGGCGGAACGUGUGUGUGCGACUAUGCCAACUCUGCCGAUGGAGUCUGCGAUACCGACCCGGCGUAUAUGCUCUGUGUGCAGGAGAUUAACCGCGACUUGGUCACUGCCACAGCCGCCAUUUCUGCCUUGACGAGCUUUUGCAUGGGCUUGUUUGCGAAUAUGCCCAUUGCGCUGGCUCCGGGUAUGGGAUUAAAUGCGUAUUUCGCCUUCAAUGUAGUGGGUUACCACGGCACGGGCAAUGUGCCAUACCGGACCGCUCUCACCGCCGUGUUCAUCGAAGGCUUAAUCUUUGUCGCGCUGACGGUGCUCGGGAUGCGACAAUGGCUGGCCCGAGCAAUUCCUGCAUCGAUCAAGCUGGCGACGGGUGUCGGUAUUGGACUGUAUCUUGCGUUGAUCGGCUUGACCUACAGUGCUGGGAUUGGUUUGGUUGUCGGCGGCAGCUCGACUCCUCUGGAACUUGCAGGCUGCGUGCAAUCAGCCUUUGACGAAGAUGGACUCUGUCCCAGUGGCGCCAAGAUGCGGAAUCCCACCCUCUGGAUUGGAAUCUUCUGCGGCGGCCUCGUCACCGUCUUCCUGAUGAUGUUUAGGGUCAAGGGCGCAAUCAUUGCGGGAAUCUUGCUCGUGAGCAUUAUCUCCUGGCCUCGUGGCACCGACGUAACCUACUUCCCCUACACUCCCACUGGCGACUCGGGAUUCGAUUUCUUCAAGCAGGUCGUCACCUUUCGUCCCAUCAAGAACAUCCUCGCCGUCCAGGACUGGAGCAUUGGCGCGCACGGCGGCCAAUUCGCUGUUGCACUGGUUACAUUCCUUUACGUCGACAUCUUGGACUGUACCGGUACCAUGUACUCCAUGGCCCGUUACUGUGGAGCCAUCGAUGAAGAAACGCAAGACUUCGAGGGCUCCGCCAUCGCCUACCUCGUCGAUGCUUUCGGUGUCUCUAUUGGUGCAUUGUUCGGAUCUUCACCUGUCACCGCCUACAUUGAGUCUGGAGCAGGUAUCUCAGAGGGCGGUGGAACGGGCUUGACGGCCAUCGUGACCGGUCUCGCGUUUUUCGUCUCCAUCUUCUUUGCGCCCAUCUUUGCCUCAAUCCCGCCCUGGGCUACGGGCUGCACGCUUGUCAUUGUCGGAUCCCUCAUGACGAAAGCGGCAGCAGACAUCAACUGGAAGUACAUGGGCGACGCUGUUCCCGCAUUCUUGACCAUUGCCAUCAUGCCAUUCACUUACUCGAUUGCCUAUGGCCUGAUUGCGGGCAUCAUCAGCUACAUUGUCCUCAACACCGGUGUCUGGCUGAUUGAGAAGGCAUCGGGUAGCCGUAUUUCACCUCCCGAGAAGGAACACAAGGAGUUCUGGACGUACAAGUUGCCGGGCGGUGUGUUUCCACCUUGGCUCACCAGAGCUGCAAAAGGCAAAAAGGAUUUCUGGAAGCCCUACAACGAUGAGGAAGCGCACACCACAGCUGGACCGACGAUUGAAGGCAAGGAGGCUGGUCUGAUGGUGGGAGAGAUAGAUGCGAGAAGCAGUGCGGGCAACAGUGAUGGAAUUCAACAUCCUCAUACCAAAGAGGAACGUUGAAACCAUGUGGCCUCAAAUCGCUGCUGUGUAUUGUUAUAGUUUUGAGAUACCUUUUUGAAUACUUUCUCUCUUGAAUGCUUUGAAUCCUUGUCCCAUUCCGGAAGCAAG